UCGAAUCAAUUAAUUAUUAGUAUGUAACUGAUAUUCGUUUCGGCGUGUAGAUACCUGCUCUAACUGCAAACAGUUUUAAUUUCAUUCAAAACUGAAGAAAUGAAGCCAAAAAAAGCUGUUAACUCGCUCAUCAUUUUAAAUGUGUUGUUUUUAUUGACACCAACAUUUUCAAAAUACACCGAAAUCGCCUGUGACGACUUAACUCCUGAACGUAUCACAAAAUUUCAAGAUGAUGAUGUCCUACGUGUUAGUUUAUUAUCAAUGAAUCAAGUGGCUGACAAUUGCAUGGAUCCGAAUAUCGAAGCACGCAAUUUCUUGGAAUCAUUACAUGGUCUUCAAAUUGAUGAAUGUGCAAGUAUCAAUCACUGCAAGGGAUUAAUCACAGUCUUAAGAAAUAUUGUGCAGUUAAAUAUGGAAUCAACUAACUUACGAGAAUUUGACUUCAGCUUGAUUCCUUCUAGUGAUUUGCGUGAACUUAAUUUAAACGGAAAUCUUGGAAUUACUUUACGAGGAUCAAACAUUGCUAAGAUAGUAGAGUUUUCUUGUGUUGGGUGCAACCUCAACUCGUCUAGUAUUAAGCCAUUGCUGCAAUUCAAGGAUUCCUUAGUAGUAAUGGACUUGCGCGGUAAUAAUGUAGGUGAAAAUGAAAUACGCAAACAAUUUCCAAAUCUUCGAGUUCUAAAUAUUGAUACAACUACUACGGAACCUGAGAACAUAAAGGAAUCUAAUCAAAUGUGUCCUCCGAAUGGAUUUGGAUUCCCUUUUGAUCAUAUUCCUGAAAACACUACGUAUAUGUCACUUUCAUACUGCAAUGUAUCCUAUGUUGAGUAUGACGCAUUCCGCAAAUUUGAAAACAUGACAUAUUUGAAUCUCACCGGAAACCUCUUGAAGGCAUUCUACAUAGCUCCUAACCAACUGCGGGUUCUUGAUUUGUCUGUCAAUCAAAUAACAUAUAUUGAUAAUCAACUUCUGCUUAACUCCCCUAAUUUAACGCAAUUGUACUUGGAACGCAAUAACUUGAAAAGCAUUGAUUGGAAUUUAUAUGCGCAUUUGAACCUGCAAAAAGUAAUAUUAAAUAAGAAUCAGUUAACAACCAUCAACUUGAUUUCACCUACUCUGCAAGAACUUUGGAUCAAACUCGAAGACGGACGGGUUCAAUUUUUAGCAACAAGCAAAAUUGCACAACUUACAUUUUUGGAAACCAGCGAAACGGAAACUGACGAAGACUUGUGUUGGUUAAGCAAUUCUACACUGACGAUUCGAUCAACCAAAGAAGAUAAAAUUUGCAAGAAUUCGACUAUCAUUGUUAAGAAGCAAAGGCACAUAAACUGUGAAUUGAGUACGUUAAGGGCAAACUAUGAUGAUAUUAUUAUACCAAAGGAAGAAUACCAAUUAAUUUUGAUGUGGUUUUAUGGUUUGUAUGCAACAAUAAUUGUAUUAAGUUGUGCAAAUUGUAUAUUUGCAUGGUUGUACAUUCGCAGUCUAAAUCCUAAUCGAUUUCUACGUACCAAAUUAACACAAACAUGUUAAUAAUUUUUUGAUUGAUUCGAUUUUUUGGCAACAGAUUCAUCCAAGAUUGCAAAAUAUUCAGUAUGUUUAUCCGUUGAUAAGUCGCUCUUUUUGAAGCGCGAUUGAUUCCACAAAUGUUAUCCUUGUUAAAGAUUCGAGAUCAAGAUGAUCAGUUGAGGUCGAAGAUAGUUUGUUUUCAACUGCGGCUGAAAUCGGUUGUGUUUCCACAUCGUUGUUUAUAAUAAGAUAUUAUUGUGCCAUUUUGUAUAACAUAGUUGGUAUUUGCAAAUAAACUACAAACACUUACAUAUUAA